GGCUAAUGAGUAAUGUUGAAUAAACACCGAAUCUUUGCAUAAAAAUUCCUGAUGCACUAUCAUUUCGACCUCAAACAAAAUACAACCAAAUUAUUAUUAUUUACAGGUUUUAAACUACAUAUCAGACAACGAAAAUAAGGAUUUCAGCAAAAUAGAUAUCGCCACGUACGAAAAGUACGCGAAAAUCAACAGAACGACGCUAUUUAUCAUAUUUUCUUUAACUGUAUCAGCCGGCAUACCUUGGUACAUAUUCGUCAUGAAAGCAUCUCUGGCCGAAGACAACGAACCAGUCAAUUGUCCUUUGAAAAGAGGUUUAGCCUAUCAGCUUUGGUAUCCCUUUGAUUUGUAUCACAAACAAUUUUGGUUGGUUAAAUUGUUUGAUAGUAUAUUGUUUUGGUCGAUGUUUUUUUCGUUGACUUUUACGAGGGUUGUAACGGUGUUUUUUAUGGUUUAUGUCUUAGGGCAGGUGAAAAUUUUACAGAAUAGAAUCAGAGGAAUCGAUGAGCAUUGUAAAAUUGUAAGGAAACAUUGCUCUGUUACUUAUAAUCAAGCUAUUUUCGAAGGUAUUGUAGAUUGUGCUAAAAAGUACCGGGAAAUACAAAGAUUAAUGCGAAUGGUUAAUAAAGCGUCUAAAGAAUUCAUUUUAAUUGGCUUCUUUAGCAAUUCGUUUGAAGUUGCCUUAUUCUUGAUGCAAUUACUUCUGGCAACUAAUUUCUUCGACGCGGUGAAGCAAUUAAUAAUCGUUUUUAUGACGUUAACUCAAUUAUUUCUAUUUCUUUGGUACGCUAAUGGUAUCAAAGAAGAGAGCGGAACUCUAGCGAAUAUCAUUUACAACGAAACGAAUUGGAUGAAUUACGAUACGCGAAGCAGGAAAAUGUUAAUAUUGUUGAUGACCAGAUCUCAAAGGCCGAUUACCUGCUAUUCGGCGUUCCUUGGAGACAUGACUAUUGAUACUUUUAAAGCGAUGAUAAAAUUGUGUUAUUCGAUUACUACAUUUUUUAAGACGGCCUAUCUAUAAAGUUCAAAAAAAUUGCCGGAGUAGAAUUUUACACGAGCAACUCUGGAGUUAGUGGAUUGUGUACACGAUACAAAAAUAUUAUAUAGUGUAGAUUUUUAAAUAAAUGUUAACCUGCACAAAAUUGAAAAGUAUAUCUAUAAUAAAAGCUUUGUUCAAUAUUGGUGUAACUUUCAAUUUGAAUAAGAAAUUAUGGAAAUGAGAUAUACAGGUAGAUUCAAAUGUUCUAUAGGUGCAUUAAAGACAACUUACAUCAGUCUCUUAUAAAGGAAAAAGAAAGGGUGAUGCUGUGUUGCGACUUUCUCACUCUAACUACUGUUAUUUUAAUAAUUUUUCUUUAUUCAACUCAUAGAAUUUACCACAUUGCAAACAAUUUUGCUCUCACCCAUAAAAGUAGCUAUUAAGUGAACUGUUUAGUGUCCAUUUGAUGUUUAUAAUUUUAUUGAUUUUAAAUAGAUUUUCUAGUGCAUACUGAAGCACUCUAAAUUGUUUUGCAAACUUUUAUGCACUUUGGUGUACAUGCGAAAAUAAUUAGGCGUUUAAAACUUACAAACUGAUUAAAUUGACCACUUUUCAUGGGGACACCUUGUUUAGUACAGUUUUUGACCAUACUAUAAGUCGAAAAUAUUAUUUGGAAGCAAUUCCGAGUUUUUAAAUUUUGAUUACGCUUUCUAAAUCACCUUAAACGCAGUGUAAUUUGGCGCGAGAGAACCUUUUUAUUUGACUUUUCUUCAAUGAAAUUGUCAAUUUUUUUUUUUCGAAUAAAUAUGCGUGAAAAUAUAAUCUACUCUGACAAAACCAUUACUUUCGUUUCUCACAAUUGCAACUUCCUAAGAAAUAGAAAUACAAAAUAAUAAAAAAAAACAACAAAAAAUAUAUAUGGAAAUCUAGCAUAAACAUUAUUAAUAUUUAAUGUACGUUUAGAUCCCUUUUCACGUAUGUAAUUGUCAUUUAUCUCGGUAAAUGUAACUCUAUAAACAUUUUAACGUUUCCAAACUCGAACCGAUUUAUUAUGAUUUACUAAGUUUAUAUAAUGACAAAAUUUGAACUAUAAUUCUUUAUUUAGUAAGGUUAAGGCCAUUUCUUGAAAUACUAACGAUUCUUUCAAUACUUUUGUUCAACACGACAAAUAAAAGGGUUCGCGUUCUUACAAUAUUACCAUUCGAAUACAACACAUAUCAUAAAUUUUUCAAAAAAACCUCAUGAUAUGCUUCUAAUCGUUAAUUAAAUGUUAAUAGACAAAAUUCAAAUAAAAAAAUAUACACAAAUUAAUCUGACAAAAUAAACUCUUUCACUUCCUGGCCGACCUUUUGGCCUUUCUCGGCGCCGGCUUGGGCGCCAAUUUCGUCGCUGCCUUUGAUGUGGAAGGUUUCAUUGCCUUUGCAUCUGUUAUGAA